AUGGGGAAGCAGAGAGCACCGUCGGCGGCGGCGGCGGGCGGCGGCCGGGAUCCUACUGGUCUGGGAUUCCGAAGGGGGCCUCCUCCUCCUCCUCCUCCGGAAUGUGAUGGGAAACCAAAAGUGAACUACGUAACGGUGUUUGAACGCCCUGGUUUGCAUGAGUUCUUGAAAAGGAUCAGUGAAUUUGCAAACCUUAUUUUAUUUACCGCGGGUCUUGAAGAUUACGCCAGACCGCUUGUGGACAGAAUGGACAAAGACAACGUGAUUGGAGAACGUCUUUAUCGCCCUUCGACUGUCAGCACGGAAUAUAGGGAACACGUGAAGGAUCUAUCUUGUUUAUCAAAAAAUUUGUCUCGGAUAGUUAUUGUGGACAACAACCCAUUUAGCUUUUUGCUGCAACCGUUGAAUGGAAUACCGUGCGUCCCGUUCUCAGCUGGACAGCCAUAUGAUGAUCAGCUUUUGGUGGUUCUCCUUCCUCUACUCAAGCACCUUUCUCUGCAAAGAGAUGUACGGCCAGUCUUGUAUGAGAGAUUCCACAUGCCCGAAUGGUUUCAAAUGCACGGUAUCCCCACCAGUGGAAACGGCGUUUGAUCGACAAUCCAGGAAAUCAUCUCAUGGAAGUGGAGACUGUGAUUCGUCGUCGCGCUACACAAGCUCGUGAUUCAUAGUGCCCUCAUCAUCCUUCUUGUACAUUAAUAAUAAUGUCGAAGGAGUCCUGUCAUUUCAAGAAUAUUAGGAUUUGUGGAGGCAAUUGAUGCAUCAUCAGCAGAGGGACCGAAGGGAGCACGAAGUUGAUGGACCGAUGGAGGGCAGCAUUCGUUUUUGUGUAAUUAAUUCAAAAGUGUAGUUUCCAAUCUGAUUAUCAUUGAAAGAGGUGGUCUUAAGAAUGGCCUUUGAUUGAGAAGUAAUUAGCUUGGUCAGUCUUGUAGCAAUCGGAAUGCUGGAAUUACAGAAACUGUGCAGUUGAAGAUUAGACCAGUCUGUUUAAUUUCAUGGAGUUUCCUUGCUUCGUA